GGAUUUAUCUUUCCUCGCCCGACACCGCGACUCAUCGCUCGGUCUCUCGAUCCGAUCUUAGGAUAUCGGUGAAGGAUACUCGGGGAGUGCCCCGGAGGAUCAGCCGCCGCUCCCAAUCGCUUUGCUCUUCAGAAUCAGUGCCUCACGACCUUGGUCAAGGGAAUCCGAAGAGAACGUUGCGCUACCCACUAUGGACCUCACCAUGCCGGCGCCGGCGCCAAAAAGAGCCCAAACGCUCCCGACAGGUUUCAAUGAUUUGCUGCAACAUAGUGCCGUAGCGUCCUACCCUCGUGAGACAGCACCCACAGAGUCCAUCCAAGCGCGCUCGCAACCGGCUUCGAGAUACGGGACACCGAUCCCGCAAUCGCAUCAUUCUCAGGCCACACCCGCGACGUCACCGCCGACGCCAUCACGGGGGUCAGACGUAAAGCUCACUCGGAGCGGCCCCGUAGGCCACAAGGAUUUCGUUGCUAAGGUGCUUGCGCCCCGGGGCGGCCGUAUUGAGAAGGCGGCGUCAAAAAAGAAGAAGGAGAAGGCCAAGGCCACGAAGGACAUGCCAGUUCUUGACAAGCCCUUGAGCGAGUUGACAAAAGACUCAUCGAUAGUGAUUGCCGACAUUGAGCAGUAUGUGCACAGGUCUUCGGAGGUCCGCCAACGGGAGGUCGAAUCAGGCAAGAACCCCGGUAGAGUCAAGAGACCCAUGAACGCGUUCAUGCUCUACCGGAAGGCUUACCAGCAACGCGCCAAGGAAUGGGCGGCUCAGCACAACCACCAAGUCGUCUCUCGGGUCUGCGGUCUCAGCUGGCCGCUUGAGGCUGAGGAGGUCCGGCAGCAGUUCAAGGCGUGGGCUGAUAUCGAGCGUGACAAUCACCAGAGAGCCCACCCCAAUUACAAGUUCGCCCCGGCUAAGCCCCACAAGCCGCAAAAGUUUGACAGCAAGUUCGAAGACGGUAGCGACGGUUCGGAAUUGGAGGACUACGACUGGGGCCGCAGAUCAGGGUCUCGAAUGCGAUCAGCCACCCAUACCCCCCACGACGACAGAGAGUAUAUUCCGAGCCGCUCCGUGUACGCCGCAACCCACCCACACCCGCACCAGCACCAGUUCGCCCCAAUCCACGGGCUGGGAAUUUUGCAUCAAAACAGGCCGGCGCUGAGCUUCAACCCGGGCAACGUUAAAACGCUGCUGACGGCAACGUACGAACACCGCGAGGUGCCCUGGGAGUAUGACACGCACUUGCGCGCGUCGCAGCAGAGGCACUUGCACCACGGCAUGGCCGGUGACCUUCUGAUGGACAAGGCGCCGUCUCCCAGCACGGCGUUCCAUCAACCGCAUGACGGCCUGCCUUCGCACUACGACCUGGGCCAGUUCCAGGCUCAGGGGCAGGGAGGCGACCACCACUCGGCCCAGGCGCAGGCGCAAAGCCAGCAGCAUCAACAUCACCUCCAACAGCUCCAGCAACACCAUCCCCACGCCCCCACGCACUUCGAACCUCGCAUCGACCCGUCGCUGAUGCCGCAUGAGGAUGGGCUGCUCGAGGGCAGCAACUUCCACCUGUUCGACGGCGGACUGGGCGGUGCGCAUCAGACUUGGCAGUCGGGGCAGCUGACGGCAGGGAACGAGUCGGAAACCCAUUUCCACGACUUUCUGGGCCUCGAUGAGACACUGUCACUUGAGCACGACCAGUACCUAAGGGGCCAUGAUGAGUGGCACGUUCAGCCCCUUCCCGAGACAGGCCAACUUGAUACGAGUUGGGCGGAAACGAAAGCAGAGCCAGGAGGCGAGAAGGCAAUUAUCUGA